UCUUAUCGACUUACGUUCCCCUUUAAGGAGAUCUGACGUAAUAUUACGCGCCUGCUUUCGUCUCAGCUCUGGACCUUUUCCCUCUCGCACGAUUGCAAACAAAUCGCACGCACCCUGCGUCCCACCAGCCUUCCCUCUGCGCGCUUUCGGUGCAGUCCGCGCCCGAGCAGCGCGGGGGAAACGCGACGGCAGCGCAUAAAUGAACCAGGAGGAAAUCGUGCAGCAGUAAACAGGUAUGCAGAACGUGUCGCCAAGGCAGACUUGUGAUGAAAACAAGGAAACCGGUGAUAUGAUGCUGCAUGAUUUCUGCCUGUAGGACACACGAAGGACUGUAUAAAAGACACAUGGAACAAAGAGGAUUUAUUUUACCACAUUUUAUAUGCACGUAGCAUUGGCUGUAGUUUUGGGUUUGGACAUGUUGGAUGCAGCUGUGACUGCGCACUACAGAUGUUUGGAUGCAGAUGAUAUGCGGCGUGUGAGUGCGGUUUAGCACGAUGUUUUCGAGAUGCUGCACGUGCAGAAUUGUCUGCAAUACGUUUCUAUAGGCUGCUUUGAGCUAAGGUGUUUAAGCUCAGUGUGGAGAAACAAGGGAGGGAAGAUAGGAGUGAGACACUGAGCCUCAGAGAGUGAGCCAGCUCGCCUCCAUGUCUUCACCUGUCAAUAAAAGAUCUACAUCUGGGACCCGCAGAUUCAAUCCUCUGAAGGCCCUGCAGCCCAAAUGGCGCUUGCAGCAAAUUCUGUCUUCUCCUUCUGCAUCCCCUCCUUUUGACUAUUGCAGGUUUAUAGAGCUAGACUACACACCCAUGGAGGCAGGCAUUAUGGUCUCUAUGAGGCAGAGCCGAGGAUUUGUGACACCCAAGUCUCCAGAGCGCCACUGUCGGCGGAGUCCAGCACCUGUCAGUAACCGCGAUCCCUAUGGCAAUGCUUCUCUCAGCAGCAGCAGCAACUCAGGAUCAUGCAAGGGGAGUGAUUGCAGCCCCACCCCCAGGCGCCAUAUGAAGUACACUUCCUGCACAGAUAACCAUGGUAUUAAACCACCCCCUCCUGAGCAGUACCUGACACCUUUGCAGCAGAAAGAGGUGUGCAUCAGACAUUUGAGGGCAAGGCUCAAAGAGACAGUUGAACGACUCCAAGACCGAGACACUGAGAUAGAUGAGUUGCGGACUCAUUUGUCCCGGAUGCAGGAGGACUGGAUUGAGGAGGAAUGCCAUCGUGUUGAGGCCCAACUGGCAUUGAAGGAGGCACGCCGGGAGAUCCAACAGCUUAAGCAGGUGAUUGAUGUUGUACGCUCCAGCCUGGGUGAGGCAGACUCAGGAGUGCAGAAGUGCUUCCAAGACAUCAAUGUCCAGAACCACAAGUUAGAUACCCUGCUGCAAAGCAUGGAGCUGGCACAAGCCGGGGUGGCAAAAGUUACAGAGGCCCCAAAUGGGGGUGGGGCAGUGGGGGCAGGGCCGUGGGUUGGUGAGGGGUCAGUGGGCUCUUGUGAAGGCUCACCGGCCCACUCAGUAACCCGCAGCUCUACCUACACUAAACUUAGUGAGGUCGCACAACCCGAACGCAAUGAAAGUGGCAGUGGCUCGGAUGUGGCUUGCUGCCUGUCAGCAGAGGGUACUCAAGACAGUGGUUUUGUGUGCUGUGGGGAGAUGGAAGGGGCUGGAGCCACACGGGCUGAGCUGCUGCUGGAGGCGGCUUGCCUAUCAGAGGAAACGGCAUCACUGCUAAACGCUUGCUCACGCUUGCCCCACUCAGCUACAUACGAGGCACUGUGCUGUGGAGAGCCACGGAUGUUGCCAAUGCGUUGCAGCCUGGGUAGAACUGCUGGAAGAGAGGCAGCCUUGAGCAUCAGCAACCCCUGCUUGUCACAUCACCACCUCUACCUGCACCACCUGCGAGAACAGGCAAUUCAGACAGAAUGUGAUUCUGGGCCAGCCUCAGCCCCAGUCCAUGGAGCUGCUUUUGGCUCAGACUUGGACACUAUUGCUGAGGUUCGCACUUUCCGCUCUCAGGCCUGCAGCCCCACCUCCACCUGGCUGUCAGAUGAGGGUGAUGAUCUAGACUCUGUCACCUCUGAGUCUGUUGUCACGGCCACAGCUGGUGGGAAAGCUGUUUUCACAGAGACACAGGUUUCCACUGAGCCAGCUCUGGCACUAGGUGCCACAGAGGCUGUUGUCACGAUGGCUGUAGUUGAUGAUUCUCUGUCUCUGUUGCCCACAGCAAAAGCUAUGCCAGCAACUGAUGCUGCACAAAAUCCUUCUGCACAAGAUACAUCCCCAAGGCCUGAUUAUACCUCCUGCCCUGUGCCAGAGAUGCCAUUGGUGGAGAACCCAACCCCACAAACUACACAGCCACAACGUGUAGACUCAGAGACCAACAUCAGUGGGGUGACUGUUGUAGAGGUGAAUGAGGAUAUUGAAGAAAGCCAAGAAGAAGGUGCCGCAAGUACAACAAGCUCUGGCUGUGGUGUGCCUGUAAAGAGUUACUGGAGCCGCCAUUUUUUAGUGGAUCUUUUGGCUGUGGCCGUGCCAGUGGUACCCACAGUGGCGUGGUUGUGUCGGGGCCCACGGCGUGAAGGCCAGCCCAUGUACCACAUUGGGGCAUUGCUGCGCGGUUGCUGUACCGUAGCCCUGCAUUCCCUUCGCCGAGGGGGGGGUCUGCGCCAUUACCCUGCAGGGGGAGGGGGGCCAGGAGGCAUAAAUAUAUGAGAUCAGACCUUGAGCACCAGAGAGAUUCUCAAGCUUCUCACAGUGCAGUUUUCAGAUCAGACUGGCAGAUCAUUGGGUGUUAAAGAACAGUUGAUGGCAGGUCAGGAGGCAAGAUUAGCACUGCACCUUGGUCUUAAGUUAAAUCCUAACAAUCUCAACUCUAGUUCUGAUGUAGGAUGGAAGAAAGUGGGGAACGUGUUUUAUCAAUAACGUCAGUCCUUUCUGGUUUUAUAAAAUGGUACCCUUUAAUUUUUAAAACCUCAUCUGUGACCCAGUUUUCCACAAUUUGUUGGCAAGAUAGGAAGCUGCUUGUGGUCAUCUGACACCACAAUGUUGGUAUUCGUAGCGGCAUAAUCAGAGUGAUGAAAAUAAAAUGCUUAACUCAUUGUCUUCCUGUGUCCUGAUCCCAUGAUGUACUCUUUUGGUCAAAUUCAAUAAGAUGUGGCUUUAAAAACUAUGUGUGUUAAUACAUGUGAGUUUGUGUUUGUGUUGUGUUAUUGUGCUCUGUAGCUGAAGCACCUGAACAACUGGGCAUGAUCAUUGCUGCAGCAGUUGUAGGUGCAUGGUUAGUUCUCCCAUUCUUGUACUGCUAAUCUAUUUAUAAGCUUCACAUAGACAUAGACUGGUGUUUAAGGUGGCUUCUCCUGCUAGAAUGUAAUCCAUAGGCAAAAAAGUACAUGACACGUAUUAGCUUUAUUGUGGUAUUCUAAACCAAAAUGCGUCUGUGAAAGACAAAGUACAAAUUUAGGAUGUAUGGGCCUCGAAAUGGACUAAAAUCAAAGCAUUGGAGGAUGCAUGAAGAACAAGCAAUCGUACAAUGUUUAUAGUAAUAAUAAUGCUACUUAUUUAUGAUCAAUUUAAAAAUGUGUGAGAUUUAUGUAGAGGUAUUUCAUUUUUUUUUUCACUUUGAGAAUUUGUCAACAUUAGUAGUCCCUGUACUGUUACACUGGCAAUGUCUCAUUUUUUACUUUUUUGUGAAAAAGUGUCUCCAUGAAAAUGUCACUUUCGACUGAAUCAGAUCUAUAUGGUGUGACAUUUGCUGAUAUCACUUGCACUACAAUUCACUUUAUCACAAAUUUACUUGAAGUUUAGUGUGUAUGCAAUAUUUAAGGCAGAUAUUCACAGAGAUCACAGAUUCAGAUGACCCAAUCAUGUACACAUAUGUAGGUGUACAUAUUCUUUGGAGUGUACAAAUUGCAGCCAUAUGUGCUAAUCAGAAAUAAAUCCUAAAGCACCGUCUAUCCAGUUAUUAUAAGAAGAAAUCGCUGUUUUAAUCUUGUGAAUGUCUACAAUCUUUGAUCACAACCUUCAUUAGUUGCCUUUUGCUGUACACGCCCCUCUGUGUGGAGUCACGGCUGUCAGCUGGCAUUUAUGUUUGGCAAUGUACACUCACAUGUACAUUGUGAAGCCAACAUAUAAUAUUGUAGCUGUUCAUGUUUUUUCCUCUUAAAACCAUAUGACAAUCUCUGUGUUGUGCAUUCUCUAUUUUAAGUAAAUAAGCUAGUCUCAUGCUGGCUGUUUUAGCACUUGUGUGUGAUUGUAAGUCAUUGAACAUGUGGCAUAUAUUUCAUUUGUUUUGAUGAAUUUCUGAUUUUAUAUUUUGUUUUAAGAUUGUUUUAGAUAAUGAUUGUGUGGCCUUCGUAUAUUAUUUGUACUGAAAUGGUCAAAGGACGUUCAAAGAAUGCCAUUGCUGUCCAAAUUUUUUUUGGGCAGCAAUUCAUUACCUCUUAUUUCAAAGUUUGUCAAGAGCCAUUUAAAUGCUUCAAUGCUGUUGAUUGCAGGAUGAAAGCACGAGGUUUGCACUGAAGUGACUGAUAAGACCUUGAACAUUUUCUGUAAAGCCAUAUUCUACUAAAGGAUAGUGUGUAUAACCUGUAUUCUAAUCUGUGUAAUGUACAUGGUUUAAUGAAGUACACCUUGUGUGGUAGCAAGGGGACUUCAGUUUGUGUGAGGAGUUGUGUGCAUUUGGAAAUGAGUGCAUAAAAUGCUUGAUUUUUUUUUAUUCCAUUGCAAUCUUCCUGUUCAUUUGAGUCUUAUUCUGACAGAUUUAUGAAUCCAAAUUAACCCGACAAACUAAUAUUCACUUUACAUGUAACAACGAAUUGCCAACUAGAGUCCAGAUUUCAGCAAAACAUCACAGGAUCAUGAAUAAUCCUGGCUUUGUAUGGAAGACUAAGAUUUAUUUAGACACCCUCUUCACCUUAUAUCAGUAACACCACAAAGCUUUUAGAAUUUGCAGGCCAACAUUGCUUAGAACACUGAUAUUUGGAAUUUGGGCAUAGUAUAACAAAUAGACCAUAGUUACUUGAAGAUGUGCUUUAAAGCCUCCAAGUUUGGUAUUUAUCUCAGCAUACAACAAAAGAACAGAAUGUCACAUGCAUCACAUGUGAAUGAUAGCACUCUAUUUUUUUAGCAUUGCGUAAAUUAUGUUACACUUCCACACAAUGUGUAAAAAUGAGGUAAAAUGAGGAACAAUAAAAUUGUUUCUUUCAAUGUCUGUAAUGUCAUUUAUGUCAUUUGUUUGUCAAAAAAAAAGUAUGGGUUAAUAAAUCAAUACUUAACUGUAAAUCAGCUAUUUUAAUAGUAAUCCUAGAGUGUACAGGAAUCCUUGUUCACAGCUGUCAUUUCAUGCUACUCUGUAUAAAAAAGACUAUAUUAAACAGCAUGGUGAAUAUA